CGCGCUUUUUCUCCAGGGUUGGACGGCAGCUGCUCGGAUUGCAAACGAACUGCCAUGGCCGAGGCGUCCGGUUUCCAGGAGAUGAAAGAGGAGUUUCAGUUCCUCCUAUGCGAUAGUUGCCACGCAGAGGUCCUGAACCCCACACUCCUGCCCUGCCUUCACAAUCUGUGCUCCCAGUGCCGUGAGGAAAACAAACCCAUCGGGGUCUGCGUCAUCUGUGGAACUCCACACUCCCACUCUGCAGAGAUCCCCCAAAAUCCAGAUAAUGUGUUCUUUGCCAAUCUCCAGUUCAAAUUCAGUCUCUACCAGAAGGUCACUGGGAACCAACGCUUGGCUUGUGAAAACUGUGAGAAUGAGGCAGAGUUUUGGUGUUCCACCUGCAAGGAGUUCCUUUGCACCUUGUGCUUUCGAAGCCACCAGAGAUACCUGAAGAAAGAGAAUCAUGAAGCCAGAUCGCUGAAGGACUUCCAGGCAGAAUCUUACAGAGAGUUUUUCUCAACCGUCAGAAAAAACAACACCAUGUUUUGUUCCAAGGUGGGGCACAACACCCAAAUGUUAAGCCUCUACUGCAAGCAGUGUAAUCAAUCCAUGUGUACUAUUUGUGCCCUACUGGACGGCGAGCACAUGGGUCAACAUUGCGACAUCAGCCAGGAAAUCCAAUGCAGGCAAGACGAAUUGCAGAACAUGAGCGCGGAGCUGAAGGAGAAGAAGAACGCCUACGACAAGUCCUUUAGCAGCCAUGAGGAACUGGUGAGGAAGAUGGUGCAGUUGAGGAAUGAGACGCAAGAGCUGAUCCAGCGGAAGAUAGAGGAGAUGAUCCGGAUGUUGCAAGAAAAGGGCGAAGGGUAUUUAGCAGAAGUAGAGGCCCUUCAUAACCACCAAGUCCAAGAAGUGGAGGAGAAGCUGCAGGAGAUGGAUGGAGUGCGCCAGAGAAUCACAUCCAGCCAGAGGAUGGUGGAGAAGAUGCAUCUCUAUGCUUCUGGCCAAGAGGUGUUGGAGAUACAUCCCUUCCUCAGACAGUCCAUGAUGGAGCUGAGAAGGAAGCAGCCACCUACAGCAGAGGGAAUCAAAGUGAAAAACUUCGUAGAAACCAAGAGCCAGCUUCAAAAUUUGCUCGAAAGAGUAACAAACAAGAAAGGUCACUUCCCUGACAUGAGCGUCGCCCCGCCGCCUCCUGCUUCGUCCCCUGUGGGCAAUGGCUACCUCGCAGUGGCAAGCCGGGUCCUCACUACACCGGGACGUGUGCCGUCGCAGAGUUCUUCUCCUGAGAAAAAUGCGCUCCAAUCUCAGCAGCCUCCUGGAAUACUACAAGCUGUUCCAGCUAAACCCCAAACUCCAAAGCCUCAGAAGAAUUUUUCUGGAAGUCCAUCCUCCAAAAGGCAAUACGUUGAAGAGACAACGAAAACCGAGGGCCACCUCAAAAUGUUCAAAAUGGAGCCGUUAAAUGAGGAGGAAUGGAAUGAUUCCACCUCGAUGAGGAACGAACCAGGGACCAGUUAUGGAUCCACUGGAGUUUCUUACAUCACAGGAAAUCAGGAAGGCCUCAGGGAAACUCUGGAUGAUACUCUGAUAGCUACUGACUAUUCAUCGGAUCUAGAAGAAGACUCUUCAAUGAACAUUUCUUCAGAAGAAGAAUCCACUGAUGAUGAUGAUGAUGAUGAUGAAAUCGGGGCCUCAAACCUUUCCCUGGACAUCAACCCUAUAUCACCAGUUGGCCAGAAAAGCCCUAUGAGAUAUCCGUUAGACAAACCUGAAAAUGCCAGCUCCCAGUUCAUAUUCUUUCUCUUCAAGUCUCUACCAGGAAAUAGCCUUCAUUUGGUCGUCCUUGGAGACAAAGACACCGUUUUCAACGUCACGAUUUCUUACCAGGAAAAUUCAAGAGAAAGAGUCAGUGUGUUUGGCUUGGAUGAGCUCCUCCAGUAUCUCAGCAUCCUCCAGGUGCCCAUUUUGGUGGGAUACAAACUGUGGUCCAUGGACAUCCCUGCUCUGCUUAAUGCCCUUCAGGAAAUCAACAAAGAACAACAGUUUGAAGGGUCCAUCUUAGGUUUCUUGGAUGUUUUGCCCCUCAUCAGAGAAAAAAUCCCAGACAUCUCUAAAAAUACACUGAAGAAUGUAGACAAGAAGUAUCUGUGUGGAACGUUGGACCACACCAACAUGAGCAACUGUGUCAGAUAUCUGAUGGAGCUCUGUACCAGGUAUGAAAUUAACAAGGAGUUCUUGAGAUUACAACUAAUUCCUUGUUCCAGCUUAAGAUGUUACUCCUCUCUUCAACCUCUCCUGCGGGAGAGAGUCCUCUCCAUGCCCUCGGUGCAGACUUUGGCCUUGCACAACAUCUCCCUUGACACACUGCAGUGUACCUAUCUAAGCGACCCCGAGGAAGGGCUGAAGAAGCUGUGCAGGCGUUUGAACGCCAACCUGAGGAUCGGGGAGAAAAAAAUCCAACGGUUGAGUAAGAUCCGUACCUAUUUCCAACACCUCCCAUCGUCCUCUCAAGGUUCUUCACUUCCAGAGAUUCCUUAAGGGACACUCUUAGUUGCUAUGGGGUUAAAAUGACCCUUCUGGGAAUGAAACCACACAGCACUGGGUGCUAUGCCUGGUCAAAGUGACAUUUCAUGACAAUAUUUUUUUUAAAAUAAUUUUUUUAAUCUUAUUUUUAUUACAAACAUCUUUUCUUCCAUUUGACGACGUGUCAUCUUACAACUGUCUUAUGAAAUACAAUUAGUAGUUACAAUCUUAUUCAUUAUAGUGGUACUGUUCUUUACUCUUAUCUUAAUAUAUACUUAAUAUCUCUGUCCCUUUACUCUUUUUCUUGUUUGCUUCUAUUAGAGAAUCUACUAUAUUUCAACAUUCUUAAUUGAUCCAUUAACUAUGUCUAGUUUUCAUAUUUUUUCUCUAGCCAUUAAUAAAAUAAUAUUCAGUUUUCUCUCUGUCUUUAAUUGCAAGUGUUAAUCUAAUCAUUUCUGUACAUUCUAAUGUUUUCCUAAUCACAUUUUCUUCAGUAGAAAUCUUGUUCCUUUUUCCAGUUUUGAGCAAAUACAAUUCUCACUGCAGUUAGUACAUGAAUAAUCAAGUAUACAUUCUCUGUACUCUAUGUUUCAGGUAAGAUCCCCAAUAGGAAUAUUUCUGGUUUUAAGUCAACACAUUGUUGUAUCAUUGGUUCCAACCAUAGCCAUAUUUUUGUCCAGUACUUUUUGCUUCAAAGCAUGUCCAUCAUAUAUGGUAAUAUGUGCCGGGUGUUUGGUGGCAUUUCCAACAUUUUGCUGAUUUAUCUUUAAACAUCUUUGCCAACCUUGCUGGCGCAAAAUGCCAUCUAUAAAACAUCUUAUACAGAUUCUCUUUAUAUGCUGUUGACAGUACUCACCUCUCAAAGCCUACUUGGUCACUUCAAAUCCUUAAGUAUCCGGUUGUUUUUUGGAGGUCAGUUAAUCUAACGAUUUGAGGCCGAGCUUUUAUCCACAAAAUUACAUGUUGGUAUUGUGAGAUUAUUGAAAACAGAUGCUUCAACAGACUCCUUUUUCCACCAUAAACGCAAACCAAUAAAGCUGUAUUAUUUUUUGAGUUUCUCUCCUCCAUUUUCAUUGAAACCUGUUCAUUAGG